AUGCUAUCGUGUGAGAGACUGAAGUGCGAGAACGGGAGUGACAGGAUGAAGCCGUUGAGCGACUUGCUGAUGCUGUCGCCACGACAACUGAGCCUCCCAAGGACGGCGCCGGAGAAGAUGCAGUGUAUCGCAGGACUGAUUCCGCAGCCAUUACCGAGCAUUCAAAAGGUCGCGAUCAGCACGGUCACGGAUGAGUUGCUGCGACGGCUUCCUUCUGAGUUCGAGAAUCAGGUUGGACCACAUAUAUGUUGGCAGGAGACCAGAUCUGCGUGUCAGAGCUUGCCGAAGAUCCUAUACUGGAUGGCCGUGCGCGGCAUGUUCUCCCCGUGUCCGACUGCAGAUGCAUCUGCUUUCCCUACCUCCUGUCCAUCUCUUGCCAGUCUCAUACCUCAUCAUUGCCUUGUCCACCGCGCACACGGCGCAUUGCGUCCUUCUACCACAAGACAGCAUCUCCCAUCAUGGACGAGCCAGCCGCCAUGGGACGCAUCCGUCGCGCAUCCACCUCUCACCCCUCCAGUACUCCUGCUGCUGCUUACUCGGCGCCGUGUACGUUCGGCGGUGGAUGGCGUGUCGUCUGCGCCGGCGAGAGGAGGGGAGGUUCAGGUGCUGGCAGCAGGGAGGCAGGAACAGGUGCGCAGGCGUGAGGUUUGCGGAUGCUGGCAUGUGGUGAUGGCUCGUCGUGGUGGAUGCAGAGGGAGGAAGUCGGGAGGUGUUGCGGAUGGGCCGGUGGUGAGGAGGGGAGCCGAUUUUGCGGGGGCGGUGAGGUGGUGA